AUGUCCCUCCGUGCAAUCUCAUUCGUCGUAUACCUGGGCGCAUUGGCCGUCGUCCGCGGCCAAUGGAAUAACCCAAACAUGUACUGCAACUACGGCACCGACCAGGUCCCGCAACUCAACGACUGCGGAAACUGUACCUACCCCGACUGGAUCACCGAGGACCCAGGUCUUUCCGCCGGCUUCCCCGUCCACCGCCAGUGCACCACCGUGACUGGAAGCUGCACAGUCACCGACAGCAGCGGGAAUGUGCUGAAGAACAAGGGCGGAGGUGAUGCUCAUGGUAGCUUCGGAAAGUCGGCCGUAGUAGCUCUCAGCGACGGCAACAGUGUCAAGAGUCACACAGAGGACAAGGUCAAGCCGAUAUACCCUCAUGCCUACUAG